AUGCGCUCCGCCGCCACUCUUUUCCUGGCGGCUGCCCUUUUUGUGGCCCGGGUCCGCGCCGACUAUGCCUUCGUCGAGUGCGCCGACCCUCUCCUCAUCACUAGCAUCCUCACUGGCGUUGUCAACAUCAUCCUCACCGCUGGCUCUGUGGCCGACUCGUACACUGGUUGCCCCACGUACUGCCAGGGUACGCAAGGUACGACUUACUCUGCCUACCAGCCUGGGCUGUUCGGUCUCUUGUCCAGCUGCUACUGCACCAACAUCCAGCCGACCUCUCUGCACGCCGUUGCUGGAAGCAACUCUGCUGGUAACUGCCCCAGUGGUACUUACCAGGUCAACUACCUCGGACCCCCUGCCAACCUUCUCGACUUCACCGGUUGCACUACUGGCGGCAUUCCCGGCUCUGGCUCUCCGGCGGCUUUUAGCACCCCCAACGCCGACCAGUGCUUCACCACCUGCCAGACUUACAAGUACCUCAUUCUGAUCCCCUCUUCCGGUCCCAACUUCAGCUGCCAGUGCGCAAACUUCCUCACUCCCGGCUCUUCGGCAACUUGCAACGUGGGCGUCCAGAACAUCUAUAACAACGCCGCUAUGGCCCCCUCCGGCGGAGCCCGCAAGCGCCGCAACCAGGAGAUGCAGAAGCGCAUUGCCGAGAAUAACUCGCCCUGCCCUCGCGACACUGAGGCGUGCCUCAUCCCCGGUUCGGACCACGCCUGGGAGUGCGUCGACACGUCAUCUGACCUCGAGAGCUGUGGCGGAUGCGUUACUGCAGUCUUCGACCAGCCCCACCGCAAUGCUACCGGCGUUGACUGCACCAUUGGCGCGGCUGUCGGUGGUGCUUCGUGCUCUCGCGGCAUCUGCAAGCAGUGGCGCUGCACCCGCGGCGUCGUCUUCACUAGAUUCCCAGCCAACGCAAACGCAUUCUUCAUGUAG